GGCGCAAUCACCGCCAGUCGGAUGCUGCGCUGCGAGUGUGUUGGUUGUGUCGCGCGAUGGCGCUGCUGUAGCGUUUCGUGACGGGGUCCCGUGUGUUACAUAAUUUAUCUGUUGGGGCUUGUCCGCUGCCGCGGAAUUGUGGGUGGUGCGAGGUUUCCGGGACGGAUUGAAACGAAGAAGACGUCGACGGAGACGACGUUUGAUUUGUGUCCUCUGGACGGGAAAAGGCGACACUUUUGACAACUGAUAAGGGAGAGGCUGGUUCUACUUUUUGCUGCGCUGCAGAGCAAUAUCAAGAAAACGAACACACACACAUAAUGAUAGAGAUUGCGAACGGACACACAGACACACACAUGUGACGCUCCCGUGUGAUGUGCUUUGCUGUUGCAGCAUUUAAGGCGCUGCCAUUAUAGCAGCCUAGUUAGAGGAAUCAAAGUCGAGCGAACGUGUGUGUGAACAUCACACAGAGAGCAGCAAAAGGGAGGAGGCUGCGAAGAAGAAGAAGAAGCUGUGUGACAGAGUCACACUGAAGGAAGAGUAGAGAGACGAGGGCAAGGGCAAACGAGGAGAAAUUUUCGCCUUUCAACUUUCUUCUUUUUGCCGUCGUCGUCGCACCAGAGGGCGACACACACAAAAGAAGGACGUUUCGUUUCGUUUUUGUGUGUUGCGCCCAGAGUUCUGCAAAAAGCGGAGCAGCGCACAAAGUCGAAGGUGGAAGAUUUUCGGUUCCGUCGCGCCCGGAGCGAUCCGUAUCGGGAAGUGAGUGUGUACUUUCGGGGCUGGGAUGUGGCCACUGUGCAAAAUGGUUGUGAAAAACGGCUUCUAGAGGGAGCAGCAGCAGCAGGACGGUGGCGCCCUCGGCAGCCAAGAGAGAGAGGGCGCAGCGCGACGAUGAAUUUAUAAGUGAAAAAGGAAAUACGCCCAUUUCUGAUAUUUCCGUUUUUUGCCUGCCUGGGCUGGCGCUGGCUGGCGGAUGCUGGUGUCGGAUGCAAAAACAGGUGCCGUUGUGUCGAGUAUCGAUGAAAAUUGGAAUCAAAUUAGCAGGGAAAAUGAAUUUAUUGCUCGCUUCCGUGCUGGUGCUGGUGCUGCUGUGCGGUUGCCUACCUCCGGGCGUCGAACCAAAGAGCUACAAGGCGACCCCGAACCGAGGCAGUGGCAUCAGCAUAGGGGGCAGCAGCAGCAACAGCAAUAGCAAUAGCAAUGGCAGCGAGGGCGGCCGCGGCUCGUCCAGCUCGCGGACCGCCGCCACCAACACCCGGAACCAGCUGAACGUGGGCCUGCUGGUGCCGCACACCAACUUUGGCCGCCGGGACUACCUCCGGUCGAUCAAUACCGCCGUGAUGGGCCUGCAGAAGGGGCGUGGACCCAAGCUGACGUUCCUGAAGGACCACGAGUUUCAAACGUCCAACAUACACUUUGACAUGAUGUCGCUGACGCCGAGCCCCACAGCCAUCCUGAACACGCUGUGCAAGGAGUUCCUGCACGCGAACGUGUCCGCCAUCCUGUACAUGAUGAACUACGAGUCGUACGGGCGCAGCACCGCCUCCGCGCAGUACUUCCUCCAGCUCGCGGGCUACCUCGGCAUCCCCGUCAUCUCGUGGAACGCCGACAACUCCGGGCUGGAACGGCGCGCGUCCCAGUCGGCGCUGCAGCUGCAGCUGGCCCCGAGUAUUGAACAUCAGAGUGCGGCCAUGCUGAGCAUUCUGGAGCGGUACAAGUGGCACCAGUUCUCGGUGGUCACGUCCCAGAUCGCCGGUCACGACGACUUUGUGCAGGCGGUGCGCGAGCAGGUCGCCGCCAUGGAUCACUUCAAGUUCACCAUCCUGAACUCGAUCAUCGUGUCGCGGCCGAUCAACCUGGUCGAGCUGGUGAACAGCGAGGCGCGGGUGAUGCUGCUGUACUGCACGAAGGACGAGGCGGUGGACAUUUUGAAGGCGGCCGAGGAGUUGCACAUUACGGGCGAGAACUACGUGUGGGUCGUGACGCAGAGUGUGAUCGAGAACAUGCAGGCGCCGACGCAGUUUCCGAUGGGGAUGCUGGGGGUGCACUUUGACACGUCUUCGAGUGCGCUGCUGAACGAGAUAUCGAACGCGAUCCGGGUGUACGCGUACGGGGUGGAGUAUUAUCUGAGUGAUCCGAAGAACGCGGGCAGGGGGCUGGACACGCACUUUUUGAGUUGUGAGGAUGAGGGACGGGGUCGGUGGGAUAAUGGGGAGGUGUUUUUCAAGUAUUUGAGGAAUGUCUCGUUGGAGGGGGAACCGAACAGGCCGAAUAUUGAGUUUACCGCGGACGGGGAUUUGAAGUGGGCGGAGCUGAAGAUCAUGAACUUGAGGCCGAGUGUGAACAGCAAGGGGUUGGUUUGGGAGGAGAUUGGGAUGUGGAAGUCGUGGCAGCAGCAGAAGCUGGACAUUAGGGACAUUGCGUGGCCGGGGAAUUCGCAUACGCCGCCGCAGGGAGUGCCGGAGAAGUUCCACCUGAAGAUUACGUUCUUGGAGGAAGCUCCGUACAUAAAUUUGUCGCCGGCGGAUCCGGUCAGCGGGAAGUGUCUGAUGGAUCGGGGAGUGUUGUGCCGGGUGGCGGCGGACCACGAGAUGACCGACAUCGACAUGGGGCAGGCGCACAAGAACGGGUCGUUCUACCAGUGUUGCAGUGGGUUCUGUAUUGACCUGCUGGAGAAGUUUGCCGAGGAAUUGGGCUUCACGUACGAGUUGGUGCGGGUGGAGGACGGUAAGUGGGGAACGCUGGAGAAUGGCAAGUGGAACGGGUUGAUUCACGAGUUGGUGAACCGGAAGACGGACAUGGUGUUGACGUCGCUGAUGAUCAACGCCGAGCGGGAAGCGGUAGCGGACUUUAGUGAACCCUUUAUGGAGACGGGAAUUGCGAUUGUGGUGGCGAAGCGGACGGGGAUUAUCUCGCCGACGGCCUUCCUGGAGCCGUUCGAUACGGCUUCGUGGAUGUUGGUGGGGAUCUUCGCGAUCCAAGCGGCCACCUUUAUGAUCUUUCUGUUUGAGUGGCUUUCGCCGAGCGGGUACGACAUGAAGACGGUGCUGCAGAACGCCAACAAUACGCCGUACCGGUUUUCGCUGUUCCGGACGUACUGGCUGGUGUGGGCCGUCCUGUUCCAGGCAGCCGUCCACGUGGACUCUCCGCGAGGCUUCACGUCCCGCUUCAUGACCAACGUGUGGGCUAUGUUUGCCGUGGUGUUUCUUGCUAUCUACACUGCCAACCUAGCGGCGUUCAUGAUAACCCGUGAAGAGUUCCACGAGUUUACCGGACUGGACGACACCCGGCUCUCCCAUCCGUUCUCCCACAAGCCGACCAUCAAGUUCGGCACGAUCCCCUGGAGCCACACGGACUCUACCAUCUCAAAGUACUUCAAAGAGAUGCACUACUACAUGAAGCAGUACAACAAAACAAGCGUCGCGGACGGUGUCGCAGCGGUCCUGAACGGCCAGAUGGACGCCUUCAUCUACGACGGAACCGUGCUCGACUACCUCGUCCAGCAGGACGAAGACUGCCGGCUGCUCACCGUCGGCCAGUGGUACGCCAUGACCGGUUACGGCCUAGCCUUCAGCCGCAACUCCAAAUACGUCCAAAUGUUCAACAAGCGACUGCUCGAAUUCCGCGCCAACGGAGAUCUGGAACGACUCCGGCGCUACUGGAUGACCGGAACGUGCCGACCCGGCAAGCAAGAGCACAAAUCCUCCGACCCGCUCGCCCUCGAGCAGUUCCUCUCCGCGUUUCUCCUCCUCAUGGCCGGCAUCCUCCUAGCAGCCCUGCUCCUACUCCUCGAACACCUCUACUUCAAGUACUUCCGCAAGCGGCUCGCGAAAAAGGACCGCGGCGGCUGCUGCGCCCUCAUCUCGCUCUCCAUGGGCAAAUCGCUCACGUUCCGCGGGGCCGUCUACGAGGCCACCGAAAUCAUCCGGAGACACCGCUGCAGCGACCCCAUCUGCGACACCCACCUGUGGAAGGUCAAGCACGAGCUGGACAUGACCCGGUUGCGCAACACCCAGCUCGAGAAAGCGCUGGACGCGCACGGCAUCAAGCCGCCCCAGAUCAAGAUGGCCUCCACGAACGACAUUAUCGGCGCCGGCCGGCGCGAACAGUUCGCGAACCGCCCGGGCGUCCUCGGCAACCUGAGCAUCGGCGGGAGCGCCCAAGAUCUGUACCGCUGGACGUACAAGACGGAAAUCGCCGAGAUGGAAACGGUGCUGUAAGCACCGCUCGCCCAAGGAAUUGUUCUCUACCCGUGUAAACAAUUACCACCUACUACUAAACCCACCCCCGGCAAUACAGAGAAGGAGAGAGGGAGAGCAUACAAUCUUUACCUAUACACAAGUAAACCUCUCUCUCCAACGUGACCGAGCUCCGCUCCGCCGCUCUGCGUAGUGCACACACACGCUGCUUCUCUUUGGCAAGUGUGUGUGUGCGUGAGGUUAGAAUGCUGGGAGAACACAACACACAAACAGGUAGCGAAACAAUAGAACAGCCAGCCAAUCAUCAACACUAGUUCAGCAAAACAAACAACAACGGAAAGGAUUGACGCCGCGACCCCCCCUCAGAGUGAUAGACGCCAUUUUGAUGAGUGACUGCGUCACUCAUCGCGCUCAGCAGUCGUCGAAAAAACAAGGUGAAGAAAGAAGGGAAGAGUUGAACUUUGAGUGUUGUCUCGUUGGAUGAAGCUGUCAAACGUUCGACGCGUCAAGGCGAAAUAUGAUCAAGGUAAGGUAGCUGUCAAAUGCUUGGGGUUGGGGUUGCACGCUGACAACUUGUUCGAACGAGAGAGCGAUCAAAGUUCAGCUAAAAAGGAUAACGAACGGAUUAUGUUCAUUUCAUAAACUACUGAAACACACUGUCCACAACAAUUUAGGAAAAGUUGAAAGUUGAUAAAAAACGAGAAAGGUAUAUUAACGAAUGUAGCGCAAAAAGAUGGAUAAAGUUGUUGAACUUAUUUACUAGUUUUACUAUUUACCGUUAUAGCGAUAUAAGAAGUUUAUUAUAUGAGUAUACAUUCGAGCAGAACAAAAAACUCAUGCCAUGAAAAAGUGAGCGAUUGAAUUUUAAAUCACUCAAACAUCCAAACGAAACCAGACAGUCCAAAGUACACAGCUCCACUACAAUCAAGAAUUUAUAUUUUCGCUACUUUUUAACCGAAACAAGAAAUGCAUUUCCAUUAAUUUUUAAACAUUUUAAAUAAGUUUAAACGAAGUCAUUUUUAAUCAAAUUUACAAAAUUGAGUACAAAGCAUGAAAACAAACCAAAAUCGCUACAGAUAUUAAGUUUUGAAACUUGUUUUAAUCCAAGUAGCCCGAAAACGCAAGAGUCGCAGCUUACCAAGAUUGGCCAGGAACGAGCAUGAACAGAAAAAAAACAAAAACAACAACAAACCAGAACUAGGUUAGGUGGAGUGGAGUUUACUAUAAUACUUUGACGUUUUACGCUUAUUAUAUCUAAACACAAAACAAAAUAACUCAAACCCGUUGAAUGAGACGCGAAGAAGCGAAGCCCGCGCGCAGAUUCGAAAACCAAAACAACAAAGGAAAAAAGUAAACAAAAACAAAAAUAAACAACGCGUACUAGCACUUAGCAGUUCAUUCAAUAAACUCCAAAAGUAAGGUGGAAAAAAAAAAUAGAGAGAAUUCAGAAGCAUUAUUAAUAUUAAACACUUGAACCUACCUAAAAGACGUAUUGCAAUUUAACACACACUUCAAAAAGGGAAAGAAAAGAGAGAAGGUGAAAAACACAAACAGUACUAAAUCGAGUAAUUGAGUGGUUUUUAAUAAAAAAAAAAUAUAAAAAAGGUGGAAAUAAACAGUUAACUUUAUAGAAAACGUAUAAAAAAAUGUGGAGGAAAACAAAUGCCGCGCGCAGAACAAAAACUUGGUCUGGGUUGCGUUCGGGCAUUUUGCAGAUUUCAAUAAACGUACAGGUUAUGUUUAAAAAAAUAAUUAAUGAUAAGGAAACCAAAACAAAACAAAAAAAAACAGUAAUUCUAGCGACGGAAACUUAAUUAUUAUAAAAUGGCCUAAUGAAUACACGUGACGAGAUAUGUAAGCCAAAGAACACUUUUUUAACUAGAACAAAGCAAACGAGACGCGAUUCGACGAGGAAAAUACUGACCACAGGACGACACACAACACGAAACAAAACAAAAAACAAACUAUAUUACCAGUAAGGAGAAAUUAAACAAAAAAAAAAAGAUAAAACAAAUGUGAAUGUGAGAAGGAAAAAAAGAUUGACGCAGUGAAACUGAAAUCAAAAGAGUAACAAACCAAACCAAGAAAGAGAAUGGGAGAGAGGAGAGAAAGAAGAAACAAACAAAAAACUUUACUUAAUGGGAGGAUUUUGCGUUGAUUCCUUCGUGUACUCAAACUGCAAGGUGAACAAACUCGGUUACGUUACUAACAAAUCGGUUAACAUUUUUUAAAUGAAGAUGCAAUUGAGCGAGAGAGCUGGACGAGAAUUGAGAGAGCGAAGAAGCAAAAGAGAGUGCGGGAUCGAACGAGAGAGCGAGAGUGAGAGCGCGUGAACAAGCAGAGAGAGAGAUGUCGCAAAAAACUAUUGUUCGUUGUAAACGCAUACAUUCACACUAACACACUAGAGCUAUCAUACUUGUUACACUUGCAAAACAAUAAAGAGGUUAACAGAGAGAGCAUCUAACGGAAAACAUCAACAACAACAAUCGUAGCGUGGAUUGCACCCCACACAAAAAAAAAAACAGCACUCACACUUGCGUCAGCCAUUUGGAAAUGUUUUGAAAUGUCAGCUGUUUCGGUUUCAUUCGUGUUCGUAGAACGAAAACAAAAAAAAGAAGGUAAACAAUGCUGCAGCGAAUGUCAGUUUCCAGCGUCGCGCAUGGUAAACAAUAACAACAACAAAUAAUGUUAUCAUUGCUUAGUGUGGUGUUUAGUGCAAAAAGUGGUUUGUUUCCGCUGUAUUUGUUAAAACUCUUUUGUGUGGACAUCGCAGCAACCAUCGCGAACGCGUGUUUUGUAGCUAUGCAAAAAGUUGUUGUUGUCAUGCCAACCUUAAAAUUUCAUGUCUUCUCUCCUUGACGGAAUCGAGUGCAGUGCCAGAAGUUUGCGAGUGAUUUUGUUUGUUGUAGAAAUUUGAUGGUUUGUUAGAUGAGCUGGAUUUUUAAAAAUAAUAAGCAUACUCUUCGAUGUUGGCUGAUGCAAGAAGUGAUAUGUUUAAACGUCAAACUAUACAAAAUUGCUGUUGGAUCUUCUCCGGGAGAGAUCCGAAAAAAGAUCCAGUAGCAAUUUGUACUGAUGUGACGUUUGCUGAGGGUGCAAAAGACAAUUGCGCUACUUCGUCAAACGUCAAAAUUGAGUUGUCAAACUAAUUUUUACAUUUCAAUCUCAUUGUUCGAGGAUUUUCGAACAAGUGGUUUCGUUUCUUUGACAGCUGACAAGCUAAAAAGUGACCCCGUUCGUUUGACAACAGUUGGUGUCAAACCAUCGGGGUUUUAGUGUAGCUAUUUUGGAUUUGCUAAUUUGAAACCGCUCUGUAAAAAAAACAAAAACUUUAUUUCAAGCAAAUCAAUGCAAAAGGCCCUAUGCUGACGUGUAAACAAAGAGUCUAUUCUGCUCACGCUAAUUGAUGUUUACAUUAAGUUCGAACAGGAUAGACUCUUUGUUUACACUUUGACAUUGGCCCAAUAACAUUGUUUUGCUAGAUUUUCACUAAUCUGCGCACUACCUUCUCGCUCUAGUUGCAACGAUGCGUCGAAAAUGAAGUAGUAUUGGUGACAACUUGUUGCGCUCCUUGUUUUGACGUCUUCGUUAGCUCUUUUUGACAGCUAUAGAGUUAUGAAGUGUUUUUUUUGUUCGUUUCAAAUCUGUAUUUUUUUUAUUCUUUUUUGUUUAUGAUUUUUCCUGCAAAUUAAAUCCAGCUUAUCUGACAAACUAAACAAAUAAAGCUUAGGAUUUUAAUUUUAAAAACACGUGGACUGCCAACAUCGUUACCAAACCAAAUCGUUAAAGCCUAAGGUCAAACAGUUUUGACUCGAAGAGAAUGUCAGUUUCGAGAUUGUAUUUUCAGAAGAAUUUUGCAUCUUAAUUUUUAAUGAUUUUACCGAAAGAAAAAAACAUUGCGACUGCAGUAGAUCCUAAAAAACGGUUGUGUUUAUGCGUUUUUGAAACCUUAAUUUUGACACACUAGUUAGACACAGAAAUUGCAAACGAUUUUGUUGGCAUUAACAAAUUGUACGAACCAACAUGGCGUCUAAACGAAAAUUGCAUUCAAACCAGAGUUACUCACAAAUUAGUUGUGCGCGGAAACGGGGGGUCGAAAACCUGUAAGGAAAUGUGACGAGAUUAGAUUGUUUUAGGUAUUCCCGACUUUUAAAGGAAGAUAAACAAAAAAACAAAACCGAUGGUUAUUUGUAGAAAGAUGAAAACACAUGAAAAACGGUUGUCAAUUUAGAAGAGUUUUGAUUUUAUUUUUAUAAGAAUAUUCGUUAGCUUUGUUCGGUUCUUUGCGUACGAAGAACAACAUUUACACACAUAAAAGGAGAAGAACAUUGAAGCGUAGAGGACAUGACUGUUUCGAACAGAAAAAAAAAAACAAAAGAAAACCAUUUGCUCACCAAACAAAACAACACGUAAAAGAUUGAUUAGCGAAAGUUUAGCGCAUUUUGGGCGUGUGCGUGAGCGCGCAAAGAAAAAAUCUCACGCACACGCAUUUACACUCACACAUACAUACACACUAAAGCGCCAUCUGAUUGGUAAUCGUUGACAAAUAAUUUUUUAGCAUAAGAGGAAUCUGUUAAUUUUAGGGCGAAGCAAGCAACACGGUGUCGUUUUAUAUUCUAAUUAUUAGAGGAAAAUGAGAAAAAAAAGCAAAUCCGUUCCCCCCAUUUAAAACCAUGAAAACAAGCGUAAGCUUACGUCAAAAGAGUCGUUGAAAGAGUGUGUGUGAGUGAAUGCAAAAGGUGAGCGUUAGCCUUUUUUUCGGCGUGCUUCAUUUGACAGGUGACAGUGCGUUACCUCAGCGUUGAUUUGCAUUGGGCUGCUGCGCAACCAAGGUCAAGCAACAGUGAGGUAAGCUGCUGUCAAAUUUGGCACGCGGGGGGAAAAGAACAACGGAAUAUUGAUCUAAAAUGUAUUGGGAUGUGUUUUUACUAAGUGUUCAGUUGAGUUACACAAAUAUGUUCUAAAGAAAACUUGCAUAGAAUACACAAAAACACGUGCUGACGGAAACAGAAAGGUUAUCCAAGAAAGAGACGAAAUUGUUAUUAGAUUUAUAUACAGACACAUCAUUCGAUUGCUCAUCAUUAGUGAAAAGAAAAUCCCCGGUUUUAUAUUGCGUUAAGUUUAAUCAGCAAAAAGAAACUCCCAGAAGCAGAAGCAAAACGGCAAAAGUAAUAAGAAGAAUUGUAUAGAAAAAAAACAGCACUUGGAACCUUAUAAUAAAUGUUAACAUUAUUAGAGUAACGUAAUAUUAUUAUUAAAAAUUGAAUUAAACAAAGCAUAUAUUGAGCGUAGGAUAAUUUAAAUAACUAAUUUAAAGAAAAAGACACACAGAGAGAAUAUCUACAGAAACUGGAACGAAAAGAGAGAGAUGUUAAAUAAAAACGAAAAACACACGCCAAAAAAAGGAAUGUAGGUGUAAUAGUUUGAUAAAUCGUAUUUAAAAAAAGAAAAAAAGAACGAAACAAAAAAAACGUCGUCAACUAAUUAAACAUUGAGAAGAUAAACUAAACUAAACGAAACGCAUAGCCGCGACCUCGCGGCAAGAGUUGAGAAAUGGACAAUUUCUCAAAGCCUGCUGCGCAGCCGGGCAGAUAAUAACCCAAGGAUAAAAAUAAACUAUGUUUGUGUAUUUAAUUAAACCCAAAAUUAAAAAAGAAGAACGAACCACACACUCACACACACACACGUACACGGAAA